AUGUCAGCCGAUAAAUUCCCAAUCCCUUUCGUCGAGAAAUUCCACAAGGUCGCCUUAGACCCCUCGCAGCCCCAACUAUCAGCCGACCAGAAAUCAAAACUCCUCGAAAAUAUCUCCAUCCUCCGAGAUGCUAUCGUCUUCUUCACGGCAACCGGCGCUGCGCGCGGCGUGAGUGGCCACACUGGAGGGCCGUUUGAUACCGUCCCCGAGGUCUGCUUACUCCUGGCCCUCUUUGCCAGUGACCCGGACGGCAAAAAGUUUGACCACACCUUCUGGGAUGAGGCCGGACAUCGUGUGGCAACCCAAUACCUGGUCGCCGCCCUCGAGGGCCAUCUUCCAGCCGAGCAAUUGAUGAUGUACCGUGAAGCAGAUUCGAAACUGCCCGGCCAUCCCGAAUUGGGCCUCACCCCUGGCGUCAAGUUCAGCAGUGGUCGUCUAGGCCACAUGUGGCCUCUUGUCAAUGGUGUUGCAAUGGCAAACCGAGAGAAGACUAUCUUUUGUUUGGGCUCAGACGGCUCUCAGCAAGAGGGCAACGAUGCCGAAGCUGCCCGGCUGGCUGUGGCCCAAAAUCUAAACGUCAAACUGUUGAUCGAUGACAACGAUGUGACGAUUGCUGGACACCCCAGUGUCUACAUGAAGGGCUACGAAGUCAGCAAGACGCUCGAGGGACACGGCUUGAAGGUCUUCCAUGCCGAGGGUGAAAACAUCGACUCGCUUUGGGCCGGGCUCUGCUCGGUCAUUCAAUGUCAAGGUCCGGCGGCAUUGAUCGCCAAGCGAGUCAUGUGUCCAGGAAUCCAAGGCCUCGAAGGCAGCAACCACGGACAUGACGUCAUUCCCGUUCCAAAGGCCAUUUCAUACCUCAAGGACCGGCCGUAUGGAGAGGCAGCAGCCAAGAUCCUCAACUCUCUUACUCCGUCCGCUUCGCCCUAUCUCUACAUCGGCAGCACCAAGGAGAAAGACGCAUGCCGAGUCCAGUUCGGGAAAGCAGUCAACAUGGUCUUGGACAAGCUCUCAAAGGAGGAAGCCAAAGAGAAGGUCAUGGUCAUCGACUCCGAUCUCGAGGGCUCCACGGGACUCAAGGCGAUCCGCGAAUCACAUCCCGAGGUCUUCGUACCCUCUGGGAUCAUGGAACGUGGAAACUUCUCCGCCGCUGCCGGAUUCGGGUUCGAAAAGGGGAAAGUUGGUAUCUUCAGUACCUUUUCGGCCUUCCUGGAAAUGUGUUGCUCGGAAAUCACUAUGGCUAGACUUAACAGAUGUAACGUGUUAUGUCACUUUUCCCACAGUGGAGUGGAUGAAAUGUGUGAUAACACAUGCCAUUUCGGGUUGAACACUUUCUUUGCCGACAACGGUCUGGAAGAUGGAUACCCCACUCGUCUUUACUUCCCCGCGGACGUCCACCAGAUGACUGCUAUUGUCAACAAGGUCUUCUGGGACAUGGGCUUACGGUUUGUCUUCUCGACAAGAUCCAAGGUUCCGAAUAUUUUGAAAGAGGGAAGCCAAGAGCAUUACUUUGGCGGGGAUUACGAAUUCAUGCCUGGAAAGGACGAAUUUAUUCGUCGGGGUAAACUCGGAACAGUGAUCUGUUUCGGAGAGAUCGUGCACCGAGCAUUAGAUGCAGUAGACCGGCUGCGGGAGGAAGGAUUCGACGUGGGUCUGGUGAACAAGUCGACGUUGAACGUGAUCGACGAGGAGGCGAUGGCCGAGUACGGCAGGCAGAAGUUCGUCCUUGUCGUCGAGAGCUUGAACCAGAAGACCGGCUUGGGCAGCAAGAUGGGCACCUGGCUCUUGGAGCGUGGCCUGACCCCCCGAUACGGCUACUUGGGCACUAAUAAGGAGGGCUGUGGCGGCUUGAGCGCCCAGAUCUUCCACCAAGGCUUGGACCCUGCUAGCAUCAUCCGCAAAGUCAAGGUUUUGGCCGCCUAG